CAAAUUCGUAGAUCUACGUGUAUGUUUUUGUGCAGUCCAUUUUUGAAAGUUUCGGACUUACAUAUUCUCAUUGAAGAGUGCCUUAAGGGGACGUACGAAUAUCGCGUAAAGGUUGAGAUCUAAAGAUUCUACGAAUUAAAAGUUGCACUGUUAUCUUAGGAAGAUGGCUGAUACUGAUGAACCUAGUGUGUCAGGAAAAAAUUCCAAUGAAAUUGUGGAUGAAUCGAACAGCGUUACUAUGUUGGAAGUGCUCGCUGCAGAAAAAGCCCUUGAAGAAGACGCCAAUGCCGUUCUUGGUGAUUCUGAUGAAAAGAAUUGCACCUAUCCUCAAGGUUACAUCAAGCGACAGGCACUGUAUGCUUGUCUGACAUGCACCCCACCUGACUCAGGUAGGAAAGCUGGUGUUUGUCUAGCUUGUAGCUAUCAUUGCCAUGAAGACCAUGAACUAGUCGAGCUCUAUACCAAGCGCAAUUUCCGAUGCGACUGUGGAACUCAGGUAUUCAAUGGGAAGAAGUGUUCAUUGCUGGCAGAUAAACCCUUGGAGCCCAAUGAGAAAAACUCGUAUAACCAAAACUUCAUUGGUUUAUACUGCAGCUGCAACCGGCCUUACCCAGAUCCUGAAGAUGACACAGAAGAUAUCAUGAUUCAGUGUAUCAUUUGUGAAGACUGGUAUCAUUUUAGGCAUUUAAAUACAGAAAUGAAUUCGUCAACCGACUAUUCUGAGAUGAUUUGUGAAACGUGUGUGAGAAGAAACCCAUUUCUUCUUCGUUACGUGGACUUGCAUGUGAACAAGCAAGAAAUCAAUGUUGACGUCACGUCCGUUUCUCCCAUUCCAAAUCCCAAGUCUGUUGUGGCCAACGUAAACAAUCCUGAGAAUCUUCCUCCCAAUGAGCAGACAGUUGACAAAGAAACCAUUACAGGAGCCCAAGUAGAGACUGAUGAUUCAGAAAAACAAGUCGAAGUGACAACUGAAGUUGAAGGUCCUAUUUCUAGUCUUGACAAGAAUUUAACUGAUGGCACAAGUUCCUCUGCAGAAUCUGCAGAAACGAUCCCUGCUGUUGUAUCAAAUUGCAUCUUACCAGUUGAGUCCAAUGAAUUGCCGAAAAUUAAAACCCUUUUCUUCAACUCAGAUUGGAGGAAGCAGCUUUGUAAAUGCAAUAAUUGUUCGAUGCUCUACAAGUCUGAAGGAGUAGAAUUUCUAACCGAUGAAGGUGAUACAGUUUUGGCUUACGAAGAGCGCGGCAAAAGCAAAGAACGAGAAGGUCAAUAUGAGCAAGGCUUGCGUGCACUUUCAUCACUUGAUAGAAUCCAGCAGGUCGAAGCAUUGACAGAGUACAAUGAGCUAAAAAAUAACCUAAGUGAAUACCUGAAGAAGUUUGUAGAGAACAAAAAAAUUGUUCGAGAAGAAGACAUCAAGGAGUUCUUCUCUGGCUUGGCUGAAAGAAAGAAACGAAAAGUUGAACCACCCCCAUAUUACUGUCGUUAGGCAUUAGCCUCCAAGGACAGAGUCAAAGUGAAAUCUCAGAUUCAUAACUACCCAUCUGGGUUAGUCACAUCAAUUCCUCUCAUCGUCAACUGCUAAUCCUUAUUCUGUUUCCUCAAUAUAUAUAUGUUGCAUUUUUGUUCUUUCAAUAUUGGAUCAAAUUCAAGAGGAGGGAACUCGUCCACUGAGACAUAUGCUGAGAAAUGAUUUUUUUGUAAUCAAAAUAACUUUUGCCUUAUUAAUCAAGAAGGUUGAAGUUUCAGUCAAAUGCUAAUAAAUUUCUGCGAAUUUAAUCCCAUAGUUCUGAAAAUAUUUACAAAUUUGUCCCUUUCUUUUAAAUUUGAUCUGCUUGCUUGUGAUUUUUGAGUCAAAGGGGAGAAGUGCUCUUGUCACGUAAAUAAAUUUCCUCGGACUGACUAACAAGUUCAUCGCUAUCUGUUGUUGUGUGUAAAGGAAGAUUAGUUUUGCAUCUCAACACUUCAUGAAGUCUGUAAUUAGACGUCUACUUUUCUUUUUAAAAGGAAUCUUUCAUUUGUUUGACAUAUGGUGAGCUCUAAUCAAUAGUCUUCAUGUCUCAGUGUAAGUCUCAAUUAUAUCAUCAUUAUAAAUUUCAUAGUAUCUUUCACAGCAGGAGUUAGUUUUUGCCCAAAAGUUCUCUGAAAGAGUUAGAAACAAUUUUGGGGAAGUUCGCAGAAGAAUAUUAUAUUUUUAACUUAUUUUUGGCUUGUCCAAAAUUUUCUUCAUUGUUACAAGAACUAAACAACAGACUUGCCUUGUGUCUAUAUUCUAAGUGAUGAAAUACUGACAGUUAUUUGUCGUAACAUUAGUAAAUCCUUUUUGUGAUCAUCCAAAUGUAAAGAAGUUUGAAGUCCAGAAGGUAAUGGAAUUAUGAUGGAUCUCAUUUUCCCCUGCGACUCAUAACUUUUCUCUUAAACAAUUUCAAACAAUAAAUGCGUAUGUUUCUUUCAUCAGGUAACUGACUGUUACUUGUUCUGUUCAAAUUGACGUUUCAAUGAAGUUCAGAUCGAGUUUCAGCCUUCAUUUUAUAUUUUCGAGGAGAAUUCCCAAUUUCUCACAAUAUUGUUUUAGUUUGCCCUAUUUUAUUUUUUAUAUGAAAUAAAGUUAAUUUUAAGUUAUGCUACAAA